AUGAACCCAUUCAAAGGUGUUUCUAGUGGACGCAGUAAGCACAAGUCAAAAUCGGCAAAGGUUGAAGUCAAGCAAGAGCCGGUGAUUAAGGAAGAGCCCAGCGACGUUGACGGUGUCAUGAACAUACCACGGCCGAGAGUUGGUGGAAGAUAUCGAGCGAAUUACGGAGGACCGGUCGACUUUGGCUGUGACUUCGAUGAGAUAAAGGAUGAAAUAAAAUGCGAAGAAGAAGAGACAGGUAAAGAGAAAGACUCGACACCACGUGAACGAUCGAAUGACGGAGCUGCCAACGAUGAUGACAAUGAAGAUCCAAUGGGUUAUGCAAUCGAUGUGCAACCACCGCAACCGGUCAGCAGCAGAAAGAAACGGAAUGGAAGCGCCAAAAAACGAAACAAACGGACGAUUCCCAGGAAUCGAGCAGCCAAAAAGCAAAAGAAGCACAAAUGCCAUGUGUGCAAUCAUUUGGCAAGCUGCAAGUAUGCACUCAUGGAACACUUCCAAAUUCACACUGGAGAAAAACCGUUUCAGUGUGAUAUUUGUUUGAAGUCCUUUGCACGAAAAGAUGCUUUG